AUGGCCACGAGGUACAUCUUCAUGGCUUGGGCGGGCGUGAUGUUGGUCUUGAACGCGUCCAGCAUCCGCUCCAUCACGUACUGCAAGGUGGGCAACUGGUUCCACCACGUGUCCACCUGCUUGUUGUCUACCUUCACGUCCUCGGACCACGGGAAGCCGCACGCCGACUGCCCGAGCGCCACCUGCCGCUCGAAUCUCCUGCCCCAGUCCAGGAAGCCGGAGCCCAGCCCGACGUACAGUUCCUUGCCGUCGAACGGGCGGAUCGCCAGCUUCUUCUGGCGAGCGUCCGGAUACUGGUACUGCGUGGGGACGGCUGGCGGCUGA